GUAUAUGACGUCAAUGCUCGGAGCCGGAUGUGUGUGCUACUCGAAGCGGGUUUCCUGGAUCAAGACGGCCCACCGCGGGAGACACUGGCUUUUGGCGCCGAGGGCUGGACUCUAACCCCAUUUGGGGCGGCGGGUGAAAGGGAAGACAUGCAUAAAUCCGAGUACCAUGGAGGUCUGCAGUUGAGAAACAGAGCAACAGGUAAUUAUGAUCAAAGGACAUCCUCAAGUGCACAAAUAAAACACAGGACUACAGUUCAGCGGAGCAAAUCCUCCUCAUUAACCAGUUCUCCAGAGGCUGCAAGAAGGGUUCAUCCUCGGCCAAGUGAUAAACUCAACCCCAAAACAAUUAACCCUUUUGGGGAGCAGUCCCGAGCCCCUUCUGCAUUUGCAGCUGUCUACUCGAAAGGAGGCAUUCCUUGCAGAUUGGUACAUGGCUCAGUAAAACACAGAUUACAGUGGGAAUGCCCGCCUGAAAUUCUUCCAUUUGACCCGCUUCUAAUUACUUUAGCUGAGGGUCUGAGGGAGACGAAGCACCCUUAUACCUUUGUGUCCAAGGAGGGCUUUAGGGAAUUACUUCAGGUUCAGGGUGCUCCUGAAAAAGCUGUACCGUUACUACCCAGACUCAUUCCUGUACUGAAGGCAGCUCUGGUCCAUCCUGAUGAUGAAGUCUUUGAAAGAGGACUGAGCGCACUGGUACAGCUAAGUGUGGUGGUUGGUCCAUCUCUGAACAGCCAUCUGAAACUUCUGCUUACAAGUCUUUCCAAGAGGCUAAUGGACAAAAAAUUAAAAGAACCCAUCACCAGUGCCUUGCAAAAGCUGGAGCAGCACGGCGGGAGUGAAAGUCUUAUUAUCAUCAAAUCCAAAAUCCCAACAUACUGCUCUAUCUGCUGUUGAAUAGGGAGCCAGCAAAAGCCAUGCUGCUUCCUCAGGCCCCGACGGUGACUGCAGUGGGCCUCUCCUGAGUUUGGUUCACUCUGAUUCAUUAACUAUGCCCUGAGGACCCUGUCCAGUUCAGAGGACUUGUGCAAGCUGUUUGUGAACAAAAAGCACAGGUGCUAAUGGAAAGCAAUUAAAGUACUCAUGAAAAAGUUGACUUCUGUGAGGCUUUUUCAUCUUGAUCAUCUGUGUGAAUUUACAGAUCUUAUCAAUGAACAUAUUUUCCAGUGUAUUUUUGCUUACAGCCAUUCUGAAGAUCACUUUGUAGUUAUGCACUUAUUUUAUAGGUUGGUUUUGUCUAUUUCUUGUUUUUUUAUAUUUAUCAAGACUGAAAGAAUUUAAGAUAUUAGCAAGUAAACAUCUGUGACUUCUCUAUUAACUGGGAUGUGCAAAUGUGUGGAAUGCUUGGAAGCCUCUUUUCCUUCCCAAAUAUUAUAAUUUAAAAACCUUGUUAUAAAUGUGAAAAUUCUAUUACAAGUAUAUUGUUUAUUACAACUUGUUAAAACUACAUAAACUUUAAGUAAAUGUUAUUUUUACAUUUCAUAGGCUGAAAAUACUGAUGAUGUAAUUUGUGAUGUUCAGAAAUUAAAAUAUUAAAACUUAGAUGAAUUCAA